AUGAAUCGGUUUGCAAUCCAUUCUGCAACAUGCAGAGCUUGCAAUUCACCGGUAUAGCAGCAGUCUACGCGUUUCAUAGUUCAGCACUUUAAUGAGACUUGCAGAAUGGAUUUUAAACCCAUAUAUUGGAAAUAAACAAAGACAGUAAUUUUUUAAUACUUAUUUGGUUUCAGAACAACCACUAGUUGCUGCAAUCAAGAGAUGGGGAUCAUUCACAUUUAAAGGUAUCAAUAAGAACGCAGUAAUGGCAAUUUGAUGAAAUGUUUCCAUAACAUUUUGUAAAGUUGAUUAGACAGCUAGCUAUCAAGCGGGUUGUUCCAUUGAUUUCAAACAUUACAUUCCUGUUAAGCCACAUGUAAUGUGUAAGCUUUCCUUAUCGAAUUUGGAAUUUUAUAAUUGUAUGUUUUAGUAUAGCCCAUUUACAUCAUUUGCUUUAGUUUUUUUUUUUCUUCCAAAAGACAUCAUAUUGUGAUCACUAUUUCUAAAAUGCUUCCCUAAUUGAUUGUUUGAUGAGAAAAGAUCAACAUUGUUAGUUAUAACCAGAUCCAGACAGGUGCUUCUAUGAAUUGUUCAAUACUUGUUUCCUCCAGCUGAACUACUUUUCCCUCUAUCCCAUUUUAUAUCUGGAUAAUUAAAAUUUCUACAGUGAGUGCAGAAUUAUUAGGCAAGUUGUAUUUUUGAGGAUUAAUUUUAUUAUUGAACAACAACCAUGUUCUCAAUGAACCCAAAAAACUCAUUAAUAUCAAAGCUGAAUAUUUUUGGAAGUAGUUUUUAGUUUGUUUUUAGUUAUAGCUAUGUUAGGGGGAUAUCUGUGUGUGCAGGUGACUAUUACUGUGCAUAAUUAUUAGGCAACUUAACAAAAAACAAAUAUAUACCCAUUUCAAUUAUUUAUUAUUACCAGUGAAACCAAUAUAACAUCUCAACAUUCACAAAUAUACAUUUCUGACAUUCAAAAACAAAACAAAAACAAAUCAGUGACCAAUAUAGCCACCUUUCUUUGCAAGGACACUCAAAAGCCUGCCAUCCAUGGAUUCUGUCAGUGUUUUGAUCUGUUCACCAUCAACAUUGCGUGCAGCAGCAACCACAGCCUCCCAGACACUGUUCAGAGAGGUGUACUGUUUUCCCUCCUUGUAAAUCUCACAUUUGAUGAUGGACCACAGGUUCUCAAUGGGGUUCAGAUCAGGUGAACAAGGAGGCCAUGUCAUUAGAUUUUCUUCUUUUAUACCCUUUCUUGCCAGCCACGCUGUGGAGUACUUGGACGCGUGUGAUGGAGCAUUGUCCUGCAUGAAAAUCAUGUUUUUCUUGAAGGAUGCAGACUUCUUCCUGUACCACUGCUUGAAGAAGGUGUCUUCCAGGAACUGGCAGUAGGACUGGGAGUUGAGCUUGACUCCAUCCUCAACCCGAAAAGGCCCCACAAGCUCAUCUUUGAUGAUACCAGCCCAAACCAGUACUCCACCUCCACCUUGCUGGCGUCUGAGUCGGACUGGAGCUCUCUGCCCUUUACCAAUCCAGCCACGGGCCCAUCCAUCUGGCCCAUCAAGACUCACUCUCAUUUCAUCAGUCCAUAAAACCUUAGAAAAAUCAGUCUUGAGAUAUUUCUUGGCCCAGUCUUGACGUUUCAGCUUGUGUGUCUUGUUCAGUGGUGGUCGUCUUUCAGCCUUUCUUACCUUGGCCAUGUCUCUGAGUAUUGCACACCUUGUGCUUUUGGGCACUCCAGUGAUGUUGCAGCUCUGAAAUAUGGCCAAACUGGUGGCAAGUGGCAUCGUGGCAGCUGCACGCUUGACUUUUCUCAGUUCAUGGGCAGUUAUUUUGCGCCUUGGUUUUUCCACACGCUUCUUGCGACCCUGUUGACUAUUUUGAAUGAAACGCUUGAUUGUUCGAUGAUCACGCUUCAGAAGCUUUGCAAUUUUAAGAGUGCUGCAUCCCUCUGCAAGAUAUCUCACUAUUUUUGACUUUUCUGAGCCUGUCAAGUCCUUCUUUUGACCCAUUUUGCCAAAGGAAAGGAAGUUGCCUAAUAAUUAUGCACACCUGAUAUAGGGUGUUGAUGUCAUUAGACCACACCCCUUCUCAUUACAGAGAUGCACAUCACCUAAUAUGCUUAAUUGGUAGUAGGCUUUCGAGCCUAUACAGCUUGGAGUAAGACAACAUGCAUAAAGAGGAUGAUGUGGUCAAAAUACUCAUUUGCAUAAUAAUUCUGCACUCCCUGUAUAAUUGGUACAUUUUAUUGGUAUAGGUAUUAUUAGGCUGGUGCCUGGAUGAUUACCUGGGUAACAUUUCCAAUUAAUGAGCAUCCGCUAACAUAGUAUAGGGACCCAAUUUUGGUUCUACCUCAAGCAUAAAGAAACACUGAACUAGACUCUCCAAACCACGGCAAACCAUGUCAUCUUUGCUGAACCAGACAUCUAUUUUUUGUGUGUUCAUUUUUUACGUACAAAAUAAGAUUACAUUUGAGACUCUUUAACUAACUAUAUUUCACAGUUUCAACCUUUAACCAAAUGUAUAUCUGUUAAUACAGUUAUUAAAAAAGAAAUUACAGGAAUGACAUUUUCCACUUGUCAGAAAAAGGUCUUAUUUUUUAUGAUUAGAAAAAGCUUCUCACAUUCAAAAAAGCCAUUAAUACCAAAAUAUCAAAAAAUUGAUUUUGCAUAAGGUCCCUGUGGCAGGUUGUACUCAGGAUAGAAUACUAGACCAGUGAAGGAGAGGAUAGCUCUAAAUAGAGAUAUGUCUAGUCCCUGUGGCAAGACACUUUAAGACUGAAAGACAGUGUUCAACAACUCAGAUUUCAGAUUAUCGGUGGAGGGCCACCUCUUUGGAGAAGAGGAACAGACAAAUCAUUUUGAAACAGAAGGAGACUAAGUAGAUUAGUGCUGUAUAGACACUGUAUCCAGAAGAUCUCACUUAGGACUUUGAUCUGUAAGUCUGGUGUGGGUACUUUGUUGGCCCUCUAACCAUGUACAUUAGAGUCCUAAUAAUGAUGUGGUUAUGGUCAACACAGUACAUUCUUUAUUAAACAUAAUAAAUAUUAAGACAUUUUUCUGAUACGUGAAGUGCGGUGUCAUUCUUGUAAUUUUAUUUGUAUAUCUACUUGGGGGAAUUAGACGAGGGGUUGAUCCUCACACCAGCACCCUGACACUAAAGACAGUUGAGUGCCAGCAUUAGCAUAAAUAUUGAUGUAAAACGGUGGAUGUAGGGAAGCAGCGCUUAACAAUUAAAAUCCUUGUGUGGACUCCAAUGGAGCCAAUAUAAGGGAGAAAACAAAAUGGGACAGGAAUACUAAUAUAGUGUAGUAUGUCUAUAACAGCAGGGGCAGAAUAUAAGGAAAAAAUAUAUUGCUCUCACACUUUUCUGGAGCUCAAGAUCAGCUCCAGAUCAAAGCGUAUUUACAGUACAAUCCCCGCCUGUGGAUGUUAGGAUGGUCUUGAUUUCCUCUGGCAUCGUAUCCGUGUGCCAAUAAUCCACGUGGUGUAUUCCAGAUGAUGCUCCAGUGAUAUAUAUAGGAUAUAAAAGAACAGGAAUAGUGUUUGUAACGGAUCACCUGGCACCCCGACUGGGUACCCCCGUUUAAGGAUGCUCCUAGCGCUUCCUGAGGGCUCCAAGCACUCCAGCAGACACCUCCAGGCACUGGAUGACACUCAGUCCUGGGAACUCUGGAACCGAAUGGGGAAUUAGCUCUAGUCCUUACAAGGACUUUCCCCGGUGAAUCUCCUGCAAGCUGGAACAGCAGACAUAGGAGCAAAGCUUCUUCCAUCCAAUAACAGGACAACACACAGUUUUGGAGUGUAAACAGGAACAGACAGAGCUGUGGCUUUAUUGUUUCUUACAUACACAUUUUUACACAAUGUUACCACCCACAUGAUUUUGUAGCACAGCCAAUCAAAUAUGUAUAAUACAGUUAAACACUCCCAUUCAUUCCCACAAAAUCCUCACCUCUGCCUGUGAUAUAAUUGCUGAACACAGUGGGCAGAUGUAAUUAUCACAGGCAGGAAAAUACAGUUUUUAUACAAUUCUUAUAACUUCUAAAAUAUACACAUAUCCAAAUAUCAGACAAUUCCCUUCAGUGGUUAAAAAGUUAGUUGGAAGUCAUUUUUGACCGACUGCAAGCAUGGCUUUCCUGCCCAAAACUGUUCCACAGAUUCAGGCUAUGCAGCCGGUUGAUCUGCUCCUUUAUCCUGGAGAUAAUUGGCUUAAGUAACUGUAGCAAACUCAGUUAUCUCCAGGUACAGGAAAUAUCACUAAGUCACAACUGCAACAAAACACAUUAAAAUACAUAACUAAUAUUCUAUAGAACUGAACCCCCAGAUAGCUUGGAUCUGAGCGCUCACUAUAGCCCAACAGCACUCAGAUCCCACGGGGUUAAAUUAUAGCAAGGGCUAAUGAGAGACCGAGGAGGGACAAAGCAGCCAGUUCCAACUGGUCUGGCAGUGUCCCUGGUGGAGAACAAAGGGACAGGAAAAGGGAGAGGGGAAGAGGCACACCUUCCCAUGGAUUCAAAGGGGGAGAAAAAGUGUCCCAAAACCUAAUAAGCCCAAAUAAUCAUUUUCAAAGGGCAAUACCCCCAGGGACCAUAGUCCUGGGGGUAAGAGGAUGGCAAACAGGCCCCUCCAAAAACCAGUGGCGAGGUUACUUUCGCCACAGUGUUCUCUGUAUUAAUAAAACAAAAUUUAAAAAAAUAUGCUCGCAAUGGAUGAGCAAAUAGGGAUUGCUCAGUCCCUUACAGCAUAGGUUGUUUGUCCCCCACCCGGGAAUGUGAGAUACAGCUUCUCCAAUAAAAGAUAUCCAAUGAAGGUUCAUGGGUACAAAGUAGAUUAAUCUUAUUAAACAAAUAAAAAGUAAGUUACACACUAACGCGUUUCACGUAUACAGAAGGCUCUUUCCUUAUAUUCUGCCUCUGCUGUCAUAGACAUACUACGCUAUAUUAGUAUUCCUGUCCCAUUUUGUUUUCUCCCUUAUAUUGGCUCCAUUGGAACCCACACAAGGAGUUCAAUUGUUAAGUACUGCUUCCCUACAUCCCCCGUUUUACUUGCAUCAACGACCAGAAAGAAGAGACUCUGGUUUGGGAAAGUUUUAGCUGCUGCACACAUAAAGAACAAGCACCAGAAAUCUCACUUGCUGCUUUAUCUAUAAAUAUUGAUGUAUGUGUAUAUAUACAUAUAUCACAGUUACUCAUAUACUGUAAGCAACUAAUGUUUGACUUUUGCUUUUGCAGGGUUCAGCUGAUUCCUAUACAAGCCGCCCAUCGUUAGACUCCGACGUGUCCCUGGAGGAGGAUCGGGAGACUGCCCGCCGCGAGGUGGAGAGGCAGGCCCAGGAACAGCUCGAGAGAGCCAGGGUAACUUAUUUUGAGUAUAUAACCAUCCAACAAUGGCUUUGAUAAAAUUAGAGCCGAACAUGUUUAUCAGCGCCAAAUAAGAUUUAGGUCAAUUAAAUUACAGUUGUUAAAAGCUUAUUAGGAGCCCAUAAAAAUAGGUUUAAAUAUAUUAGUAUUAUUAUUUAUACAACGCCAUCAUAUUCCGUAGCACUGUACAAUGGGUGGACUAACAGACAUGUAAUUGUAACCAGACAACUGGACAUACAGAAACAGAGGGGGUGGAGGGCCCUUCUCAAUGAACUUACAUUCUAGAGGGACUGGGGUAUAGUGACACAAAGGCUAAAAGUAGGGGGACAAAGUAGGUUGUUAGAAAAGUAUUCACUGAGCUCUUAGUAGGUAAUUUUUGACAGUUGCAAGAGAGGAGUCAUGGGGAAUGGGGGAUAAAAACCUGCUAACAGUUUAAUUGAUAUGUUUUCUUGAAGAAGUGAGUUUUCAAUGAUUUUUUGAAUGAGUGGAGACUGAGUGAAAGUCUUACGGAGAAGGGACGGGAGUUCCACAGAAGAGGUGCAGCCCUGGAGAAAUCUUGGAGGCGAGCAUCAGAGGUGGAAGUAUGGACAGAGGAUAGACAUAGGUCUUUGGCAGAGCGCAGGGGCCUCUACGGGACAUACUUGUGCAUCAGGGAGGAUAGGUAUGUUGGAGCAGCAUUAUGUAGGGACUUGUAAGAAUCCGAUACCUAUAUUUUACACUGGAAAUAUCGGGUUUGGUGAAUCUAUUGCAUUUAUCAGGGCAAGGGGCAUUUCUGGAUUUAUAAAAUACAAAGGGCUUGAGCUCAAAAGAAAAUUUGGUAAACCAUCCUCAAAGCCCCACUCCUAGCCCAUCACAAAUUUCACUCCUUAACAACUACAAUGUAUGACUUCCAACACACUCACAGAUGUAUAUAUAAAGACAUAGAUACACAGGCAUGCAUGCAUACAUACAUGCAUACAUACAUUUAGAGGGGAAGUGACAACUUGACUGGGGGGUCUGGGCGGGCAAGUGACAGAUACGUUUCAACAAAGAUAAAUGUAUUUUGGACUAAGAAACCCAAAGUUGCUGUCAUGUAUAAAAAGGGGUAUUGGUUCAGGUGAGCAAUACUGCAUUUGCCUUCAUUAGACUUCUAAGAGGAGAUAUGAUAGAACUAAAAAUAUAUAUACAUGUUCAGUACAAACUGCUAGGUGUUAACCUGUUUGUUAGCAAGAAUAUACAACAGACAAGUGGUCAUCCACUGAGACUGAAAGAAAAGUGUUUUUACAGUAAUAACGGUAAACAUGUGAAAUUCUCUAGAAAACAAGAAAAAACUGAUUUGCGCCAAGUAUAAAUCGAAAUAAGUAUGGAUGUAUAUGUAUAUAUAUAUGUGUUAGGGGCAACAUUGAUUGUGAAGUAAGACUGUUGUUAGCAAACCUGUGAUAGGAAAAAGUCGGUUGAGGUGUGCCAAAACUGAUGUAUGCUGUAGGCCAGUAAAUAAAGUGGGCCUACACAAGAAGAGUAUGGUGAAUAAAGGGAGUGGAGGGUGUGGCAGCAGCUCGUCAGACCAAUCACGGUAGGCUAGGGAAGUGGGGAGUCCCUUUUAAAGGUCCAUAAGCCCCUCCCACAACUUCAGGCCAAGCCUUCCAAUUUGUGUUCGGGGCAACAUUGAUUACGAUACGAAGUAAGAUUGUUGUUAGCAAACCUGUGAUAGGAAAAAUUCGGUUGAGGUGUGCCGAAACCGACGUAUGGUGUAGGCCAGUAAAUAAAGUGGGAAAAAAGGAAUACAUUUCAUGCUCAAAAUAAAUUUAUUGAAUAAAGAACAUAAUGCAACGUAAGUACAUUAAGAUGACAUUUUAACAAAUGCCCUUCGUAUUUCUUGUAUUGGUUGGGGUAUGUAUGUUGUAUAUGCUGUUGACUUUCAGUGACCUAGAGUUUUAAUGACAUGGACUGGAAUGUGCUGGCUCGAUGCCGUAGAUGCUGUACCUAUCCUAAACGAUUGUCCUGAAUAAAGGCAAGGGUUCAUACCGAGCCUUGUUAACCAUAACGUAUAACAUGAACUUAGAGAUAGUGAGGAUAGUCCCAUGAAGUGACAGUAGCGGAAGAGAUACGAUAUUCGGUACGGUGAGGAGGUAGGAAUCGAAAACCAUCACCGGCACCUUAUAUUAUUUGUGGGAUAUUAUGGAAUUUGGAUGGGCUGAUCCAGUUGACUCGUUUUGGUCACGGGUAGAGUCAGUAUGUAAUGAUCUUGUUGUGUAAUUAAGUAGGAGCUUCGAAGCCAACUUGCGUUGUGCGUUGUGUUGGCUACUGAUGGUGAAUUCUCGUGGCCUCAGGAAGCCUUAAAGAGCCAGGUAAAUAGCGGUUUCAGAGUUAGUGAGAAGUUUGAAAAGGGCUGAGUCGAGCAAAUUUGACAUAUUUUGGAUACCCUUAGGUAUAGUCUGAUUGGAAAGGAUGAAAGGAAACUGGCUUUGUUGGAAAGUAAAGAAACAUGGGAUGUUGGAUGCCAGUCAGGCGUAACGUGAUGGUAUAGUGAGAUAGCCUACACUGAAGGUGGCAAAAAAAGUAGCGAACACAACCAGAGACAUAAUAACCAACAUUAUGUAAUGAAAGACCACUUACCUGUGAUGUGAAUAGUAAUGGAAAGACUUGGUGACAGCAAUUGCUGGGAGACCACUAAGGGCACAACUUGAAAUACCUUAGAACCUGGAGGAGUAAUACCGUGUACAUUGAAAUAGCGAAAUCUGCCAGACAGGUAAGCCCUACGAAGGCUAAGGAAAUAGUUGAAAACAUGUAAGUGACAAACAAUAUAUACCUUGCCAUCAAUUAAGGGGUAACACGAGCCACUUAGACUAAUCCAGGUGGCAUGAAUAUGAAAAUACCAGCAUAUGACGUCAAACUUAAAUUAAUAGCAUUAAGGAAUAUAGCAACAUUCUAAUAAUGCAGAAACUCUGGAAAGCAAUUGAAUUGUGAACCUGUCACAUGUAUAAGCCACUGUUGCCUGAAAAUAAUGGGAUAGCCCGGAGACAGAUGAACGUAGUGAUGAACGUAGAUAAUUGAUUAAUAUAGCGAGGGCCAAGUUGACAAACCAACUUAUAUAGGGGAAAUAAUAGUAGAAAGGGUUGAGAACUGGAAAAGUAUUAAUACUGAAGAAAACCUAAAAAUUUGCAUAGGUAACUCGUAUCAGUAUUAACAAGAAUAAACGAUGAAAAGUAUCUACAAGAACCAUAACGGUGGAUAAUUCAAGCUAGCAAGUGUAUGAGACGCCAACCAACAACCUGCAAUUAGUAUAACUAAACCAAAGUAAACCUUUCUUAGCUGAUGAGUCCCAUGAGGGUUGUAGUUAAUGUAAGUACAAUGAAUGUAUAUACAAGUUAGUUUAUAUUUGUGAACCAUAUGUUGACAUGAUUGAUCCAGUCAAUAGCGACACUUAGCCAUGUGGGGGCCAAGAUUUAUAAUAGAAGUCGAUAUGUUCCAGUAAGGGGCCUUAUACCGGAAGCUGAAGGCAUCGCUGUGAACCUACAUAUUAAUGAAAUGCUGAAUAUGAUUGUAUUGAAAUUCGCCUUGAAAGAACAAACAUACAGUUAGUAGAAACCGAUUAAAUCAGCCAUGGAAGGCCCGCCAUGGCAACUUCUAUGAGUACGAGGUAGGGCCAGCUCAACUUAAAGAUGACAUAUUUUAUGCUUGAUAGGUGUGGCAUCACAACGUAUCUAUAUCCUAAUUCACCUAUUAGUGUAAAAACUUUCAGACAGAAAAUCGGAUAGCAUGACAGAAAGUCAAUAUCCAAUUGGAUAUCUGAAUGUACAGGCGCACGUGCUCAAUAUUGAAUUGUGUUAUGAUCAUAUGCGUACGGAGGACCGUGCGAGGGUCAGCGUCCAGUUGGGUUUUAAUUGAGGUAGGGAGUUCUGUUAUUGGCAAAAAAAACAACGAAAAACCAAUAGUGCAACCCAGUAUGUUCAAUAUCUCAAUUAUGUGAAGAAAAAGAAUACACUCACAAGACCUCCAGUCAGCUCUUAGAUAAGGAUGAAACUAAAAUUGUUCUCUUUGAGUGUUCACAGUGGAAGCGGCAUAUGAAAGAAUAAAAACAGAAUAUAGUUGUAGCGGAGAUGCAAUAUUCCCCAGGUUAUCUCCGCUUAUGAUCCAAGUGAGGCUCAGGAACAAGUAAAUAAUAAAUCCACAGGCAAGGUUUCCAGCAGGUAAAAUAACAGCAAUAUCCCCACAGCAAUCCCAAUAACUGGACGACACACAGUUUCAGGAGCAGAACUGAAAGCUUUAAUCCACAGUGGCCUUUUAAAGCAUGCUCCCAUGCAAGGGAGGGAUUUACACUCAUUAGUACAGUAGCCAAUCCUGUCCUGGUAACCUCCCACACAUCUCCUCCCCUCAGCCAGCAUCAUAAUCCCCUUAUCCAGUCUAGCAAUUCCCCCCGUUUCUGGAUGUACCCCUAAACGUAGGGGUACCCCUUUAAAUCCUACAUCCCCUGAUAGCCCUGAUCUGGGUGAACAACAUAUCCAAAAAUCACCCAGAUCAGACCAGGGGUUCGGGAAAUUUAUGGAGGGAAUAAAAUGACCGACCGCACUGACUGAAAUAGCCGAAUACAGUUCCAUGCGAAUGGGCCCUGCGGUCGGUCCUGGAAUAAGGGAACAAACUGCACGAAAGCCUCUAGCUAUAGAGGCUAGGGAGGGUUCGCCUGAAUCCCCUCGUUCGGUUCUUUCUAUCUAUCUAUCUAUCUAACGAGGGGCCGUUCGGUAGUUUGGAACCGAACGGACCGGGCUUGUGGAGGUUUCAGCGGUGUUCACCUAGUCGAGUGUCCGAUUUGAGUUCCAGACACUCGACGGCAAAACACCACUGUUCGGGAGUUUUAAAAUGUUCGUUUGUCGAAUGGCGGCCACCCCCGAGAACAAAAGACGGCUACUUAACUUGUCAAUUACCCGUUCGCAACAAUGUUGCAACGGGUGAUUGAGGACACACUUAACACAGGGGAGGUCUGAUUGUUCGGUAGUUUCAUGCCCUUAGUUUAUUCAAAUGAUUCUACCGAACAAUCAGAGGAAUACAAUUCUUUUAAAACACAUAGAAAACUAGCAGAACACACGAAUGCAGUUAUUUCAAAGACAUGUGCAGGACAGCCCAGUGCCAUCCGCUACAAUAGUGCUUACUGUUUCAAACCAAUAAAAGUGUGUGGAAAAGUAUGAAAAUUACUCACAAUUUUAAGAGCACCUUAUGCUCAAUAAUAUCAGCUUAGGUGGAAUGGUCCCCACCGAUAUAUAUGAGUAGAUGUAGAUCUUGUGAUGGUACCUGGAGAGGCUCCUUUAAGAUGAUAAAAUAAAUGCAAGAUAAAAAAUAUUUGGAAAAAAAAUUUGAGGGUAAAACCAAUAUUUUUUGUAAUGUACCACACAAAUGAAAUAAAAGCAAAUUUAAAAGUUCUUCUGAAUAAUCACAACCAGUUUUGCCCUUGGGCUUUCUCAGGUGAUCAAAAAUCAAGUGAUAAUAAAGUAUUUCUAAGUUAUUUCUAUCACUAUUUGGAUUUACUUUACACAUACAUAUAUAUAUAUUGUUUUCCCUUGGAUUGUUAGGGUAUCCAAUUAACAGCAUCUGCUGCCAUUUGAGUGCGCUCUGUAUCUCUUUGUUAAUGUGAAAUUCUCUGCCCAAGAAGAGGCUAGCGCUCUAGUAGAGUAAGCCCGAAGACCCAACAGGAUAGGAACUCCAGAUGCUUGGUAAGCCUGGGAAAUAGCUGACACAAUCCAACGCCCCAUGGAAGAGGUGGAAGCUGCUUGUCCCAGCUUGUGACCUGAUGGAAUAACAAAAAGUCUGGAGGAUUUCCUGAUAGCAGAAGUACGUUGUACGUAAGAAGAUAAACAAUGCAUUAAAUCCAGGCAAUGCAAUUUUGCCUCUGUUUCUGUUGCAGGAUUAGAAAAAAAAGGCAGGAAGCACAAUGUCUUGAUUUACGUGGAAGGAAGAAACGACUUUAGGACGAAAGGCCGGAACCAUCCUUAACUCUAUCGUCUUGAAAAAUCAGAAAAGUAGGCUCACAUGAGAGUGCUUGAAGCUCCGAAUUCCUUCGCCCUGAAGUAAGGGCCACUAAAAGAACUGUUUUUAAAGUCAAUGUAGCCAUCGAAAUCUUUUCCAGGGGUUCAAAGGGAGGCAUAGAUAGAGCCUGAAGAACCAGAGGCAGAUCCCAGGGUGGAGAAGAGGAUUUAAUUGAGGGACGAAUCUUCAGAACUGCUUGGAAAAAUCUGCUAAUAUCCGGAUCGAAGGCCAGCUUUGUGUCUAGAAGAAUUGAAAGAGCGGAAAUCUGGGCUCUUAAAGAACUCACACUUAAACCUUUAGCAAAUCCAUCUUGUAGGAACUGCAGAAUGUUGCCCAUACUUGGGGUUUCAAAGGGAACCUCAUGACAAGUACACCAUUCACUGAAAAUGCCCCAUAUCCAAUGAUAAGCAGAUGAAGUGGACUUCUUUCUCGCUUUCAGAAGGGUAUCCGUGACCGAGGCCGAAAACCCCUUACCUAACAGUUGUUGCCUCUCAAUUUCCAUGCCAUCAAUUUCAACAAUUGGAGUGUAGGAUGGAAUACCUAGGAGCUGAGGAUGGCCUGAUAGAUACAAAGAAGGUUCCUGAGAUAGCUUCUGCAGAAGCGGAAACCGAGGACGUCUUGGCCAAAGCAGAAUGAUGGCAAUGACGGUCACUGGCUCUCACUGAAUCCUCUUUAAUAGAGGAAAAAUCAGAGGAGUUGGAGGAAACACAUAUAUCCCUGGAAGAACCUCCAUCCCUGUCUUCCGCCAAAGGGUCGAAGAACCGCAAAUAGAACCUUGUCACUUUCUUGUUCAGGUGAGUAGUCAUGAGGUCCACUUGAGGGAGUCUCCACUGUAGAGCGAUACUGUGGAAAACCUCUGCAGAGAGAGACCAUUCUGUUGGAUCCAGGGAAACUCUGCUUAGGAAAUCUGCAACUUGAUUCAUCUUCCCUGGAAGAUAAACUGCCUUCACUCCUUCCAGGUUCAAUUCUGCCCAGGCCAUAAGGGUGGGAAAGAAUCUGCAAUAAAACCUAUGUCCAUGUGAGUGGACAGGAAAAAAAGACUGGGGACUGAGGGGAAGGAUCCCUCUUUUAUUUGUUUAAUUAGGUGUUCCUGUCCAAUCUGACUCCCCAUCUGUAGUGCUGCCAUAGCUAUGUCCGGGAAAUAUAAAUAUAAACUCAGUCUUUGUAUGGAUAAUGGCCAAGAUAGAAAAUGCCUGGCACAAUUCAAGAAUUGUUUGUAUAAUAUAAAUUGCUAAACAUCAUUUUUGUGUAUGUACGGACUAUUGAUAUACAGUCAUGGGAAAUAGAAAGUACACCAUCUUUGAUUUCUGUGGUUUUACAUAUCAGGACAUAAAAAUGAUCACCUGUUCUUUAGCAGGUCUUAGAAUUAGGUAAAUACAACCUCAAAUGAACAUUCCUACAUGACAUAUUACACUGUGCCAUGAUUUAAUUAACAAAAAUAAAGCCAAAAUGGAGAAGCCAUGUGUAAAAAACUAAGUACACUCUUACUGCUUUUUUUAUACGAAAUAAGAGGCUAAGUAGCAGACAGGUGCUGCUAAUCAAAUGCCCUCAAUUAACUGAUCAUCAGCAAGUGUGACCUCUAUAAAAUCUGUAUCUUAAAGAAGCAAUUGUUGCUACUAAUCAAAAUGGGAAGGGGUUAUAAGGCCAUUUCCAAACAUUGUAUAGUCCCUCAUUCUACAGUGAGAAAGAUUAUUCAAAAGUGAAAAACAUUCAAGACAGUUGCCAAUCUUCCCAGGAAUAGACAUUCCCAACAAAUUCAACCAAGGUCUCUCUGGAAAAUUGCAACAAAAAAACCAAGAGUUAAAUCUCAGGCUCUAAAGGUCACAGUUAGCAUCUUAAAUGUUAAAUUUCAUGACAGUACAAAUAGAAAAAGACUGAACAAUUUUAAUUUGUUUGGAAGGGUUGCCAGGAGAAAGCCACUUCUCUGUAAAAAGAACAUGGCAGCAUGGCUUAGGUUUGCAAAGUUGCAUCUGAACAAACCAAACGUCUUCUGGCACUUUGUCCUUUUAAUAGACAAAACCAAAGUCGAGAUGUUUGGCCAUAAUGCACAGUGCCAUGUUUGGCAAAAACCAAACACUGCAUAUCAGCAUAAACACCUUGUACCAACCGCCAAGCACAGUGGUGGAGGGGUGAUGGUUUGGGCUUGUUUUCCAGCCUCAGGACCUAAAAACCUUGCAGUCAUUGAAUCAACCAAGAACUCCUCUGCAUACCUAAGUAUUAUAGAGUCAAAUGUGAGGCCAUCUGACCGACAGCUAAAGCUUGGCCGAAACUGGGUCAUGCAACAGGACAAUGAUCCCAAGCACACCAGCAUAUCUACAACAGAAUGGCUGAAAAAGAAAAGGAUUAAGAUGUUGCAAUGGCUGAGUCAAAGUCCAGAGCCCAACCUGAUUAAAAUGCUAUGAUGGGACCUUAAGAAAGUGCAUGAACAAAUACCAGCAAACCUCAAUUAACUGAAGCAACGUUGUAAAGAAGAGUGGGACAAAAUUCCUCCACAACAAUGUGAGAGACUGAUAGUCAUACAGAAAAUUAUUACUUCAAGUUAUUGCUGCUAAAGGUGAUUCUACAAUCGGUUGAAUCAUAAGGUGGACUUAGUUUUUCACACAUGGCAUCUCCAUUUUGGCUUUAUUUUUGUUAAAUUAUAACACUGUGUAAUAUGUUAUGUGUUGUUGAUCAUCUGAGAUUGUAUUUACCUGCUAAGGAACAGAUUAUUGUUAUUAUGUCCUGAUAUGUAAAACUAUAGAAUUCAAAGAGGGUGUACUUUCUUUUUCCCAUGACUGUACAUGCAUUGCAGGGUCAUCUUCUGAAUGGAAAGUCAAAGACGGCUGUGUCUUUGUGAGGAUUUGAGAUUAAAGAGGUUUAAAGGGACUCUCCAGUGUCAGAAAAACAAACCAGUUUUCCUGGCACUGCAAGAUUCUGCAGUGCCCCCCUCCCGCCCCCAUCCCAUGUUGUUAAAACCCCUUCAGCUACUUACCUGAAUCCAGCGCCGAUGUCCCUCAGUGUUGGUUCAGGCUCCGCCUACGCUCUGGCGGGGGAUACUAAGUGCAAUAGGGGCACAUCACUUAGAUCACUUCAAUUAGCUGAAGUGGUCUGGGUGCCUGGAGUGCCCCUUUAAGCACAGAAUCAGAUCUGUGACUUUAUUAUUGGGUCAGUGUCACCCACAGCUGAAGAGUAACUGGAUUAUACCUAUAAUUUAAAUGGUAGAAGACAACUGUACAUUUAAAAGUGGUGAAAUGUGUAUAUUGUCUGGUAUCCAGGAUAAACAAAUCGUUGUACUGCACUCCCCAUCUUUAUGAAAUGAUCAAACUUUGCUUUUUUUCCCCACAGCUUAAGCCAGUAGCAUUUGCUGUACGGACCAAUGUCAGUUACUGUGGAGCACUGGACGAAGAGUGCCCUGUUCAGGGAUGUGCCAUUAACUUUGAAGCCAAAGAUUUUCUACACAUUAAAGAGGUGAAAGCAAACAGUAAUGUAAUACUGCACUCAAUAUCUUUUCAUGAUUUGUAUUGUUUUUUAAUCGUAUCUAACAUCCUUUCCCCUCUUGAGCUAUUACCUUUAAAUACAGCAAUACAUGUGUUGUAUUUAUUUUCUUUUUAGAUUGUGUUUAGAUAUUAUUAUCCCUUAUAAGGACAUAUAAACACACUCCACUUUUAAUGUGUUAUAUAUACAUAUAUUGGCUCACAAAUAGGUAUACAGAAUAGUUUAUUUACAAAUGUCUUCCAUUACCGUUGCAACAUUCCAAUAUUCUUUCCAACUGCCACACUGAUAUUUAAAUGCCUGAAAUGUAACUCAAUUUUUUUGUGUCAUUGUGUAUGUGAACCCAUAUAAUCUGUUGUGAUGAGUUUGACUGAUUCGACUGUAUACCUUCUUUUGGGCCAGCCUGUAGAUAGAUAGGUAGGUAGCUAGGUAAAUAGAUAUAGAUAUUUACAGCAAACCUGCACUCCAGAGUACGUAUGCCUGGUGCUGAUCUGCAAAAGAUAUAUAAAGCACACGAGGUAGCACUCCAAGGACUUUAUUCAAGGAUAAAGAUAAAACUUAGCUUUUAUUCAGCUUUCAGCAAAUAAAAAUAUUGACGUUUCAGUUUUAGUAUGAAACAUUAAACUUUUGUCCUGAUGAAAGUGUUAAAACUGAAACGUUGAUAUUUUUGUUUGCUGAAAGCUGUUUCAUCUUUAUUCUUGAAGAAAGUCCUUGAUUAUCAUCUUGUGCUUUAUAUAUAUUCCAUAAACGUCUGUCCAACAGAGUUUUUCUGGAAUAUGUAACUCAGCACUGGGUAGAAGAACCUUCACCAUACAGACUGCUAUCAGUUUACGGUCAGCUCCUUUCACAGUUUUAUCAAUAGAGCUGGAGCUGAUUAUUGUCAUUGCUCAGUCUUGGACUCUUUUAUAUAGCCUGUCAGAGGAGGUUUAGACUUUAACAUUGUGCCUACCCAGUGUGCACACUUAGUACAUAUACAUGUGUGGCAGAAGAGGAAGUAAAGUGUCUCCCUCAGAUGUUUGACACUGAAAGGGAAGGCAUAUAUGUGCACAGACCUGUGCAUACAGCUUUAGUUAUAAGCACUGCAUGGAGUGACAUAGUGACUGGGUACUAGGGAUGUGCAUGGGCAAAAAAAUUCAGUUCGGUUCGGCACUUCCGAAAUUCGGGACUUCUGCAAUUCGGGACUUCGGUUCGUUUUGGCACUUCCAAAAUUCGGGACUUUGGCUCUUUCGUUCGGUUUGGCACUUCCAAAAUUCGGGACUUCAGCAAUUCCCUCACCCCUACCCCUAACUCUACCCCCAACCUUACCCCUAACUCUGCCCCAGGGUUAGGGUUAGAUUUCUGUCAUUAUUCCCUCCCGUACUUUCCCCUCCCUCUCUUGUUUUGCCACUUUUUUUAGAAAUCCGAAGCAUUUCGGCAAUUCCAAAAUUCGGCACUUCGGCAAUUCGGUUCGGCACUCCCGAAAUUAGGCACUUUGGCGGUUCGGUGCGGCACUUCAGAAAUUCGUCAAUUCAGAAGCAUCCGAAUGUCCGAAUUGCCGAAAUUCAUCCGAAUUUACAUUCAGAUCGAAACUAAUUGAACAUGUCUCCUGGGUACUCUGCACUAUAACCUGUGCAACGAGCCUAUGGUAGGGUAUGCCUUUAUAUCUUGUUCUGAUUUCACUUGCUAAAAUUCACAUGCGCAAAAGAAAGACUAAAUAAAAACAGAUACAUCUAUACAGCUGUACAUUGCUUUCUGUUGCUUAGUAGAAGCUGGGCUGCAGCUAUUACAUCAGCAUCAAUACAUAAUGAGAAUAUCACUCAGUCAGCACACAACAAUAAAUCUUUCUGAAAGUAUGCACAAGAUUUGCCUUUAUAAAUAGCUAAUUAAAUAAAGAGGAAGUCUUCCCCACUGCCCAGUAUCUUUGAUGUGAAUAUAGAUAUAUUAUGUGAAUUGGCCAUAUAUGAUAUAUUGAUGGUAACUAAACUGUGAAGUGUACUAUUUAUGGCUGAUUAUCUUCGUUUUACUUUGAGUGACUAAUGUGUAAUAGUUUAGUUUUGAAUUGUUGAAUUGCUAGCUGUUAUGGAGAAUGUUUGAUUAUUUUUUUUCUAUGUUGAUUGUAGUGUUUGCACUAUGAAGAUAUACUUUGGGUAGAGGUGCCAAAGGCAUUGUUACCUAGGAAACCACAAAACAUAGACCUGGGCCUGUUAUCGAUUUACCCUCACUGGCAAUUUAUUGGAAACCGUGAUAAGUAACCCAGAUGUGCUCCAUGAUGUCGAGCCAGCAGCUACUUUAGCUUCCUAACUUAUCUGUUUGGCCCUGUCAGACGACUAGGUGGUGGGGACUUAAACCAGGGUCAUCAUCACUAUAUUGUACUGUAACAUUGUAAUAUAAGUAUUUACAUGGUAUUUCUGUACUGUUAGCUGAAACUAAUGCAUGUAAUGCUUAACCAUUAACAUUUUAAUACAAUAAUAAACAUUGAUAAGACAGUAAAAAUAAUAGAACCUUGAUUCCUUCUUACAAUCAUUUUCUUUUUAUUCUUAUAGUCAGGGCCGUCUUUAAGGAGGGGCAAAAGGGGCAGCUGCCCUGGGCCCAGUUACUCCUGGGGGCCCUAAGGCAGCUACCCCAUGGGCCCCCUGCGGCACCUGAGGUAAUCAGGGGCCACAGCCCUUUAAUACUGCUCUGGACCGGCCCGGGCCCCUGUUAUAUGGGGGGUGGCUGACUACAUACUCACAGCUAGCCCCCUCACACACUGCCCUGUGAGUCUCUUUGUUUCCUGGGCAUGCUGGGAGGAAGUGAGGUCAGAUUGCUUCCUCCCAGUAAGAACUGAUCACUUCCUCCUCAGUGCCGCUGGGGAAGAGGCACACACCAUAUGGAGGAGGAUGCAAGCAUUGUUGGGGAGAGGGACUGAGAAAGCUGAUGGCAGACUCCCAUCAGCCUGGGCCAGCAAGCUCUCACUGGACACCAGGGAAGCCACCUUUCUGUACCCAAAAUGUAAGGAGACAGGAGGGUGGCUAAAUAUGUUUUGUUUUUUGUUUUGCUAAUUUCUGAUAUCACUUUUAUUUAAGUGUUGGUGUUUGUAAUGUAACACACAGGGAAUAAGUACAUGUUAAAAAUCCUAGAAGAACCUGACAGUUCCCUAUUAAAUAUAAAUUUAAAAAGUAUUUAUUUUAACAUAUUGCAUCAAGUGUUAUCAAAGGCUGUACACCAUUUUCAAAUGUCACUUUUGCCAAAUUCUGGACCAGGGUAUGUAAGAACAGAGUUGAGACAUUAUAUUGGCCAAGGUUGCUGGGAGUUGCUGUCCAAGAGCUGCUAGAAGGCAGAGAUUAAAAUAUGUAAAUGUACACAUAUAUAUGUGUGUAUCUGGCUGUGUUUAUGUCCUUGUGUGUAUCUGGCUGUGUUUGUCUGUGUGUCAGUGUUUCUGUGUGUAUGUAUACCUCAUACACCUGUAUGUGCACCUGUGUGUGUGUAAGUGUGCAUCUGAGUGUGUGGUAAUGCAUACAUCCCAGCAUUUUAAUGCCAACACAAAUACACUCCUACAUUCCAUCUCUAGCACUGUACACAUACACACCCCUGCAUUUAUACCUUAUGUGUGUGUGUAUAUACCUGUGUCAGUGUGUGUGUGUAUGUGCCAGUGUGUGUAUAUCAAAGUGCUUGUAUCUGUGUGUCAAAGGGUGUGUAUCUGAGUGUUUGUGUAUGUGCCAGUAUGUGUCACGGUGUGAGCAUGUGUCAGUGUGAGCAUGUGUGUAUCUGCGUGUUAAUGUGUAUGUGUAUAUGUGUUUAUAGAAAUCACACAACAUGCAAACAGACCCCUGCAAACACAAACAUUACAAACACACCAGUUUGCUGAAACACUAAUACUACACACAAAUGUACACAUGUAUUUAAAAGACAACACUAUAUCCAAACACCCCCUGCAUGCAAAUACAAACAUUACAUGCAAACACAUUCCUGUAUUAAAACGCUAAAAUUAUAUACAAACACCAACUCUACACACAAAAGUACACCUGCAUUUAAAAGCCAACACUACAAACAAUCACACAUCCCUGCAUUAAAAUGCAAACACUACACACAAGUACACCACUGCAUUCCAAUGGUAACAGUACAUACAAAUACACCCCUACAUGCACACAUACACUCUAUACAAUAACAUGCUGACAUUCAUUUGCACAAACACUGCUCAAAAAUACAACCCUGCAAGGGUAGAUCCCCAGCUGGCAUAGCAUCGCAGGAGUUGUAUGACAGAUGGGGAUCUAUCUUUUCUUUACUCUUGUGCUACAGGGCAGGCCUGAAUUUUUUUUGUUGCACCAAGGCACUCUUUACAUUAGUUUCGCCUCUAGGUUGGGGUGGAGAGAGUGAUUGCAUGCCCAGGGGGCCCAAACAGAUGCUUGCCCAGGGUCCAAUCAAUAUUAAAAACGGCCCUGCUUAUAGUAUUCUUAUAAUUGUUAUUUUUAAAAUUGUCAUGUGAAAGGAACUUAUUGGAUUCAAGCUUAUUGGUAUUAAACCACGGUAUCCACUCAUUCAGGGUUGGUGACAGUUAGUUAUGUAGGAUGGAAUUCUAAUUUGUGUUUAAUAAUAAUUGAUUUGUUCUAUAUAUUUUAAAGGGACACUAUAGUGUUAGGAAUACAAACGUAUUCCCAACACUAUUGUUUGAACUACCUAUUAGAGUCCCAUGUCCCCCUCAAAGUGUAGAAAUAAGGUUUAAACUUACAUUUUCUUCUUUGCUGUGUCUGUCUUGGUGUGGCUGGCCCCACCACCAUGGCUGAGAUAACAAAUUUAUCUGAAAUGGCAGCAUUUACAUUGCUCAGUCUUUAGGAACCAACUAUAGACACCAGAACAUUAAAUUGUAGUGGUUAUGGUGACUAUAGUGUCCCUUUAAUGCAAUAUCUAUUACAUGUAUUUAAAAAAAAAAAAAAUCGAUCAACCCAAUUUAUUGCAUCUGUUAUCACUCGGGUACACCAGUAUUCUAAGUCAAUUUAUAACAUCACUCUGUCUGUCUUACAGAAAUACAACAAUGACUGGUGGAUCGGGAGGCUAGUAAAAGAGGGGGGGGACAUCGCCUUUAUUCCAAGCCCCCAGAGGCUAGAAGCCAUUCGACUGAAACAGGAGCAAAAGGCCAGGUAAACAAGUCCUUUAUAAUGGGAUUUAACCAUGAUAAACACAACUGACCAUGUAGAAUUAUAGUUCAAAGUGGAAGUGAAUAUGUCUCAAAUAGAAGCACUGUCCCGUAUGUCUACAGUGCUUGUGUAUGAGAAAUUUUGGAUUAGACAGAUAUCAUCAGGAUGGAUUCAUCCAACAGAGUCAGAGCCAUCCCGUGCAUGGGUACUGAUGGGGCCAAUCUUCAGAGGAUUUGACAUCAGCAUUUAGGGGCUGCUAUCAUUGUUCUCCGCUGCUGUCCACUGGCAAUGCUCAUUCACAGCCCUACUCGAAUAGACGAAGCAGCAACAGUGGCAGAGGCAGAAGCAGCAACACAAGCAUACAAAUCUCUAGCUUGUAGAAUUGAAACAACGUAGUCCCGUAGGGGAGUCACACGGUUUGAUUCCUCCUGGCUGAGGCAGAGAUCAGCUCUGUGUCAUUUAAUGACACUGUAUCAGUCACACAACUCGAAGCUGCCACUCGAGCAAGUAACCUGCGGAGCAAGAUCAAUUGCCUAACUGGCAAUAAUUCCUAUGUUCUGCAAGCGUUACACUGGAAAAUGACUGAUGAUGAGAAAAGCAAGGAAGCUGCUAGCUCCUUCUCUAUGGGGUAAUCCGUUCAUUAUAUUUGUUUAUGCUCAGACGUCCCGUGCCUCACACAGGGACGAGCUUACAACUGAGGAGGGCUGUGCAUUCAAACAUCAGGAGUCAGCCUGCACAUUCCCUCUCCUAACUUCUCAAUGAGAUGACACUUUGAUAAACAUUUUAAAGGGACACACGUCAUUUUAUGAUAUGCUUAAAGGGCACUAUCAUGAAUAACAUGUUACAAUAUAUAAAAAUGUACAUCUGCUAGUUUGAAAUUUAAAAAGAUGUUAAGUGUUUUCAGUUCUGGUUAAUUUUCCACCAUUCAUUCUGAGCUGCAGAGUUCCCUGGGUAUCUACAGAUCGCAGUCAGUCUGUAUGCACUGACACAUGCUCACCAAGAAUAUUUUUUAGGUGAUGUCAUAAAGGGAUUUUCCUCUUAUCCCCACAAAACCCAAACAUUUAGACUAUGCCUAAUCCUUCAUCCUACUUCAAACAUUACCCCGAGCUGUAAAAAUAAAAGCACACUAUAGGCACCAUAACCACUCACUGUCGCUGACUCAUUGUUCAGGGUUAAACUGUUUUCAGAAGGGUUAAUGCACAUUGAGGUACCCUAGCAGCCUACUUCGCAGCCCCCUACUGGAAGAAUGGCUACGCAGAGUUACACUUUUUUUGCUUUUUAAAGAAUUAACUUUUGAAUUGUCACUUUAGUAAAUAACCCGGUUUUCUUAAAACUAAAUAAUGUAUAAAGAUAUUUAUUAAGUUAAUAGCCAAUAGUUAAAUUGACAUCUGAAUUGCAAAAUGUAGAAAAAUAUCUUGAAAAUGGUUUGAUAUGAUUUUUCCACCAAAGCUAUUUGUUCCAAAAUUGAGUUAUAUUCAUCUGAAUUCACUAAUUGGUGUUCAAUGUUUGUACAGUUCAUAUUUUUUAUUAAAUUCUUUAAAUAAAUAAUAAAAUACUUGUCAUAUGUUCAGGAGGACGGGUGGCAAUACCUCUGGUUUGGGAGACAUGGUCUCUGGAAAUCGGCGCUCACCUCCCCCAUCAAUAGGUAAAUAUAAAUAAUUUUGUUAUCAGUAAUAAACGCUCUUGGUUUUAAAUGAACAGCUGAAAUUUCGUACAGGGUCUUGUGAAAUGCAAAUAUGAUGAUGAUCAUAAAUGUGACAGACGGAUUUAUACUGCUUGUCCUUUCUGAAUGAGUGCCAAACACUUAAAAUUCUCACUAAAUUUGACAUUGUUCAGCCAAUUAAAUACAUGUUGGAAAAGGACUGAUAAAAUCUGUCCUUGAGAGCUGUAAUAUUGUCAGUUUGCCAUUAAUCAGUCAAUUCAUGUCAAGUGUCACUAAAUAUUGUGCUAAGUACUAUCUGGGAGUCCUGGUCUGUCUGCUGCACAAGAGGACUUGAGUGCAGGGUUCAUUUAACAAAUGAGACCAAUAUAUCAAGCUUUACAGGUUUUGAGAAAAGCCUCCAUGCCAUUUUAUUAUCAAGUGACUGAGCAACAAAGUUCCUGGAGAAUCUGUUUUUGUUACAGUCAUUAGGUGGCCAAGCUAAUUUUUUUCAUUUUACAAAAAGUGCAGAUUUCAAUAGAAAUUGGCACUUUUACAAAUUAACCUUGUUACACUCAGACUGGCUGUCAAUCAGAAAGCCAGUACUGUUUGGUUAGCUAAGUGGAGCUAAACUCAAGAGGCAACAAUUGCCAAGAGAAUCUGCCUUGCAAAGACUUCUCAUUGAGCUGCAUUGGGAAGUCAGUGAUUGGACAGCCACACUGGGUUGGGUUAGGAUGGAAGGGCUUGCAUAUCCAGUGGACAAAAUAUAUGUAACUUUUGCCAGAUGAUUUUAGAUGUACUCACAAUGAAAAAUGCAACAAUAAAUGCAUGAAUAUUUUCGUUGGGUUUAUGUGCAGGGGUAGGUAACCUUUGGCCAAACUACAACUCCCUUAAUGCUCUUAGCAUAAGGGAGUUGUAGUCUUGCCAGCAUACUUCCAAUGCUGGCAAAGCAUCAAGAAAGAUGUUACUAUGGUGAACAGCAUCAGGAGUGGCACUAUGGUGAAUAGUGAUUUUUUUUAAAUCUGGCAUUGGGGGUGUCCAUUUAAUAACAAUGUGAUGUAAAAAAGGCAAGCAUACCAUUUUCAUCUGUAUUACUGUUUUUGUGUUUUUUUUGACAGAUAUUUGUUAACUUUUUACCAAACUGCUUUUUCCUUUUAUCCAGCUGUCCCUGUUACUCAGAAUUUAUCAUUACAGCCUGCUGAAUGGCAAAAUAAUGAAAACAACUAACAAUAUCAACCCACAGUGCAAUAUAUUUUUGUGCUAAUGUCUGCGUGUAAACCCAAUUGUGAUCUUUUUGUUAGCUGAGAUAAACGCUAUUGGUUUGACUCUUAAUUCACCACCCCCCUUACUUGAAAGCAUGAAGACACAAUAGUAUUCAUUUCAACAGGAAAUUAAAAACGCAAUUUGAUUUUUCUACUUGUUUUAUGCAAACAUUAUGCAUUGAACAGUUGAAACUUAAUAUUAAAGAAAAAUAAAACCAAGUAGUUUCUAAAAUCCUGUUGAAGGCAGUUUGGUUAAAUGCAAAUAACGCAGUCUAAUUUGUGGACACAGGCCUGUCUAUGAAUCAUUGAAACUGCAAUCUUGACAUUAAAGAUUUAACCCUAGCACCUCAACCAUGUCAGUGAUUUGAAGUGGUCAUAGUGCCUGAAGUCUGUGUGUGCAGUGUUUUGCUAUGAAACAGCGCACAUCUUGAGUUUAACAUUCUUCUACGCACAUCAUGUCGUUCGUUAGCUGAGAGAGAUCAGCUGACACAACUUGGGGAACGGCACGAUGGCACUCGUACCGUCAUAACCAUGGGCUGUAGUGGUUAUGGUGGUUGCUGUAAUUAUUUACUGGACAGUAAGAAAGUAUAUCAUAAUAUUUGACCAAUAACCUUUCUCUGGGUAUUGGCAAGUCAUAAUGAACAUUUCUAAAUAUUAAUUAGACAUGACAGAUGUUUUUUGCUGCUGUUUAAAAACCAUGAAUUAAUUUUAGGUAUUAAAAUUCCACCCAGUGUUUUUAGAGCUCUUUGCAGUGAUGGUUUGUAUAUAUAAUGUGAUGGUUUGGUUUACGACGUGUGAUUGCUUGGUACAUCCGGUGUGAUGAUUAUGCUAGCAGAAUGCUUGGUUGUAUAGGGAGUGGUAUUAGCAGUAGAAAGAGGGAAGUGCUCAUGCCAUUGUACAGAACACUGGUGAGACCUCACUUGGAGUAUUGUACGCAGUACUGGAGACCAGGCCCGGACUGGUCAUCGGGCACACUGGGCAAAUGCCGCGGUGGCCAUGGGCUGAGGCCGACAGGGGAGAUCACAGGAUCUCCCCUGCCGGUCUAUGCAGGGCCGGCACUAUCCGAGCGCCGACCCUGCAGUAGUCAACGAUGGGCCGGUGGCGAGUGUGAGGGAGACAGGAGAGGAACCCGGAGGAGCUCUAAGUUACAACUCCGCUGGGUUCCUCUUGCGAGAUUCGGAGCGUUGCCAUGGCAAUGCUCUGGGUCUCGCGAUAGUGAACUCUAGCCCCACAGGCUAGAGUUCACUCACCACUAGGACCACCAGGGAUGGCAGCAGAAGCAGAAUCCCCCCUCCCAGGCUAAAGGUAAAAAGGGAGGGGGGAUAUAAUCUGUCAAGUCACAGCAGCCUCACUUACUCACACACACCCUGCGCCCCUGACACUCACAGCACCCUCACACACACACUGCACCCCUGACACUCACAGCACCCUCACACACACUGGGACACUGACAGCACCCUCACACACACACACCCUGCACCCCUGACACUAAUAGCACCCUCACACACACACACACACACACUCCACCCCUGACAAUCACAGCACCCUCACACACACACUGCACCACUGACACUGACAGCACCCUCACACACACACCCUGCACCCCUGACACUGACAGUAUCCUCACACACGCACACUGCACCCCUGACACUCACAGCAACCUCACACACACACACACUGCACCCUUGAUACUCACAGCACCCUCACACACACUGUACCCCUGACACUGACAGCACCCUCACACACACACCCUGCAACCCUGACACUGAUAGCACCCUCUCACACACACACUGCACCCCUGACACUCACAGCACCCACACACACUGCACCCUCACUCACACACACACUGCACCCCUGACACUCACAGCACCCUCACACACACACUGCACCCCUGACACUCACAGCACCCUCACUCACACACACUGCACCCCUGACACUCACAGCACCCUCACACACACACACUGCACCCCUGACACUCACAGCACCACACUUACACACCCUCACACACACACACACACACUGCACCCCUGACACUCACAGCACCCUCACUCACACACACACACAAACACACUACACCCUGAUCCCAGCACCCUCACUCACACACACACUGCAUCCCUGACACUCACAGAAUCCUCACACACACACACUGCACCCUUCACACUCCACAGCACCUCACCUCCACACACUGCACCCCUGACACUCACAGCACCCUCACUCACACACACUGCACCCCUGACACUCACAGCACCCUCACUCACACACACACACACACACACUGCACCCCUGACACUCACAGCAUCCUCACUCACACACACACACACUGCACCCUUCACACUCACAGCACCCUCACUCACACACACUGCACCCCUGACACUCACAGCACCCUCACUCACACACACUGCACCCUUCACACACACACACACACACACACACACACACACACUGCACAAUAGGCUUUCCUAGCAUUUUUGUCUCCUGGUAUCCCAUCUAUGGAGACACCAGAGACAAAUUUCAAGCAAACACAGUGCAAGCAUGUCAUUAAAUUUGCUUGAGCUGUGCAGAACAAAUACACGGUCUUUUUUUCAUGCUAGAGCUCUUCAGCAGAGCUCUGCGCAUGGUCUACCCUGGAAGAGCAUUGAACCAACAUGCUCACUUUGUGAUGGGGCGUGCUUGUCAUUGGUGAUGACAAAACACACCCUAUCUGGCCCCGCCCCCUUUUUAGUGGGCCGCUGUAAUUAAAAAAUGCCGGGCCGAAUUUCCUUCCCAGUCCGGCCCUGCUGGAGACCGUAUCUCCAGAAGGAUAUUGAUACUUUAGAGAGAGUUCAGAGAAGGGCUACGAAACUGGUUCGUGGAUUACAGGAUAAACCUUACAAGGAAAGGUUAAAGGAACUUAACAUGCAUAGCUUGGAGGAAAGAUGAGACAGGGGGGAUAUGAUAGAAACAUUUAAAUAUAUAAAGGGAAUCAACACAGUAAAGGAGGAGACUAUUUAAAAGAAGAAAAACUACCACAACAAGAGGACAUAGUCUUAAAUUAGAUGGGCAAUGGUUUAAAAAUAAUAUCAGGAAGUAUUACUUUACUGAGAGGGUAGUGGAUGCAUGGAAUAGCCUUCCAGUUGAAGUGGUAGAGGUUAACACAGUGAAGGAGUUUAAGCAUGCGUGGAAUAGGUAUAAGGCUAUCCUAACUAUAAGAUAAGGCCAGGGACUAAUGAGAGUAUUUAGAAAAUUGGGCAGACUAGAUGGGCCGAAUGGUUCUUAUCUGCCGUCACAUUCUAUGUUUCUAUGUGAUGCUUUGGUGCAUCCCGUGUGAUUUUGGUACAUCACAUGACAUAUAAUGGUUUGUGCAUAUCAUGUAAUUGUUUGUUACUUCCAAAGUAGUGGUUUGAAAUAUAUCCCAUGUGAUGGUUUGCUAAGUCCAGUUAUGUCGGGAAACCAAGGAAUAAAAGCGGUGGUGGCUUAGAAUUACAUAGCUGUAUAAAGAUGUAUGGCCAGGCUCAAUUGUUACCAGUUCAUUUAAACUUGUAUAACAAUCUGUAUAUUUUUUUUCUCUAAAGCUAAACAGAGGCAAAAACAGGUAAGUGCUCUGCUAAAAUUAUGAAAUGGGGUUGUGAGGAAGAAGAUUAUUGAAAAUACCAGCAGUCACAAAACAACAUUUUAAGUAAUCAUUUUAAUUGUACAGAAAUUAUUAGUGGGCUAUUUGCUGCUUAGUUGCUAGUUAAAUACUGGUGUGGGGGGCUGGCGCCGCCCCUCUCUUCAAAAUCCUUGCCCCCACCUGUCAGCAUUGGGUGCGGGCAGAAAUUCAGCAGUAGAGGGUGGAGAGGGGCUAUUUAAAAAUAAAAAAUAUUGGGCUCCUCCCCCUGUAGCUAGGUGUCCCUAAGCCCUAGUACCCCCCAUUAAAAGAAAGUCUCUACAUACUCCCCUCACCAUUAUAAUAGUGUGAGGGCCCAAUAAAUCUUACCUGUAAAAAUCAAAAAAUGUUUAGAAGUCUUCAUUCUUCUUAAGUCUUCUUAUCUUUUUAGCCCUUAAAAAGAUCAAAUAAAAAAACCAUAAUAAACUGAUACUAAUAUUUAAAAAAGGCCCAAACUCUUAAAAAAAAGUGACGAAUAAAGAUAAAAUGCAACAAAAAAACAAGUGAACCUAGGAGCUCCACGCUGAAUAAACCUUUAAAGGACCACUCUAGGCACCCAGACCACUUCAGCUUAAUGAAGUGGUCUGGGUGCCAGGUUCUUCUAGGGUUAACCCAUUUUUUUAUAAACAUAGCAGUUUCAGAGAAACUGCUAUGUUUAUGAAUGGGUUAAGCCUUCCCCCUAAUCCUCUAGUGGCUGUCUCAUUGGCAGCCACUAGAGGCGCUUGCGUGCUUCUCACUGUGAUUUUCACAGUGAGAGCACGCCAGCGUCCAUAGGAAGGCAUUGUAAAUGCUUUCCUAUGAGACCAGCUGAAUGCGCGCGCAGCUCUUGCCGCGCGUGCGCAUUCAGCCGGCGGGGCGUAACGGAGGCGGAGAGGAGGAGGAGAGCUCUCCGCCCAGCGCUGGAAAAAGGUAAGUUUUACCCCCUUUCCCCCUUCCAGAGCCGGGCGGGAGGGGGUCCCUGAGGGUGGGGGCACCCUCAGGGCACUAUAGUGCCAGGAAAACGAGUAUGUUUUCCUGGUACUAUAGUGGUCCUUUAAGGCAGGAAAAGACUUUAUAAAGGCCCUCCUAUCCUUUUUUUUUUAUUCGAGUUUGGGUCUGUUUUAAGUAGUUGUGUUGGUCUAUUAUUAUUUUUCUAUUUGCUCUUUUUUGGGGGCUGAAGAAAAUAAGAAUUAAGAAAGGUAAGUAUGAUAUCUUUCUCCAACAGGUAUUAGAUUAAUUGACCUCCACCCUCUUCACUAAUUGUAUUAUUAUAUGUGACCUAUUUAAUAUUGAUCUGUAUUGUUGUAAACUUUCCUAGCUCCUAAAUUAAUCAAUCGGCUCCUAAAAAAAACAUUGUAUGGUGCUUGAUGUAGUGGUUGCCACACAAACAUUCACAAAACUUGUAACCAUAUUGCAGAAUAGCUAUCUGGCCAAUGGCCAGGGCAGUCAAAAUCAUUUCUAAAUUAAUCUUCAUCAUAUGUCAAUCCCCCAGGCGUUUGGCUACAAUUUGUAUUCUAUUCAGUGCUCAUACUGCAACAAUUUAUUGUGACCAAACAUUAUACAGGGACAAGAAUGUUUUGAUAAAGUGUUUGAUUUGAGUCAUCGUGUUUUCAGUUUACAUAUUUUUCUUUGUACAUCUGUAGAUUUUUCCAAGUGUAUUUCUUUAGUGUGAUCAAGAGAUCAAAAUCCUUUUGAGACUAGCUAAUUGCACAGCCAUUAACUUUGUAGACCAAUUGUCCCACUGUACAUGGAAUAGUCAUGGUUUCAAUAUGUGUAUAUGAUCCAUACAAAAAAGAUCUGGAACUCACAAACUACUACUUUUUUUAAUGUAUUACAUUUAUGUUGAGAGUACCACCCCGAUGGUUUUAUUGCUUGUUGUUACACCCUACCCCAUGGGUCGUCAACCUGGUCCCUACCGUCCACUAGUGGGCGUUUCAGGAUUCCAGGUGGGCGCUAGGGAUUUCCUCAUUUUGAAAGAUUGGGCAGGCGGGAUACCCGCCAUCACCAUUUGCCGUCGUCCAAGGAGUUCAUCGGGUGGCCCAUGCUGUCAGGGCCACCCGAUGGUUAUGGAUUGUAAGGAGGCCUGGUCAGCGCUGGGCACUUUAACAGCGCGAUCGGGCCCCCUGUGAUUACAUCACACAGAGCUGAGAGGAAGUGACUGCACGUCACUCCUCCCAGCUCACACACACACCGUGCGGGAGGAAGCAGAGGGAGUCAGAGCAGGAACUCUGACUCCCAUCCACCUCAGCCACCACUGGACCCCAGGGAAUGUCACCCUCCUGCACCUAAAAGGUAGGAAACAGGAGGGUGACUAAAAUAUUUUGUGUAUGUUUGUUUAUGUGUAUGUGUCUUUGUAUGUAUGUCUUGUGUGUGUCUGUCUGUAUGUAUGUGUCUGUAUGUAUGUGUGUAUGUGUCUUUGUAUGUAUAUGUGUCUUAUGUAUGUGUCUUUGUAUGUAUGUAUGUGUGUGUCUUAGUAUGUAUGUCUUGUGUGUGUGUAUGUAUGUGUGUCUUGUCUUUGUAUGUAUGUGUUGUGUGUGUAUGUGUCUUUGUAUGUAUGUGUAUCUUAUUUAUGUGUCUUUGUAUGUGUGUGUCUUGUGUCUGUCUGUAUGUGUGUAUGUGUCUUUGUAUGUGUGUCUGUAUGUAUGUGUGCAUGUCUGUGUGUCUGUAUGUAUGUGUGCAUGUCUGUGUGUGUGUGUGUGUCUGUAUGUAUGUAUGUGUGUCGUGUGUGUGUGUGUCUGUGUGUCUGUAUGUAUGUCUGUGUGCCUGUCUGUUUGUAUGUAUGUGUAUUUGUAUGUAUGUGUGUCUUGUAUGUGUGUAUGUGUGUCUUUUGUGUGUGUGUGUGUCUGUAUGUAUGUAUGUAUGUAUGCAUGUAUGUGUGCCUGUCUGUUGUAGUGGGCUAUAGUAAGUAAUAGUAAGUGGGCUACCUAGCUCAGCCUUCCUGUUGGGCAUUGCUAUAAGGAAGGUUAAAAAAUAGAAAAAAGGAAGAAAAAAAAAGGUGGGGAGGGGAAUCUGAUGCACAGAUGAGAAAUCAUAUUAUGAGCAAACAGAGAAGUCGUCUGAAUAUCACUGAAAGAGGAGACCUUCGUUUGUUCCUUAUGAAAAUCGAACCAGAUAUAAAAUAUUUAGUCUCGCAGCAUCAACCUCAAGGAUCUCAUUAAUCACUAGUAAAGGUAACUUCAAUUUACUUUAUUGUUUUCUCAUUAAACUUUACAAAAUAAAUUAAAAACAUUAUAAACAUGCAUAAAGUAGAAAUAACAAAAUAAAUGUAUGUACAUUUAUUUUUUAUUUUUUUAAAACGCCCUCCUUUCUAAAAAAUAUUCUGCACUUGUGCGAAAACUGGUGGGCGGUAAGGACAUUUUUCAAUCAAGAAAGAUGCAUUAGUGGGCAGUAGGUAGAAAAAGGUUGACUACCACUGCCCUACCUGUUUGGUGAGUGCCAUCUAUUUUCUUUUUUUUUCAUACAAUAUAAGUGGAGGCAGAGCUCAGAUUAUCGCUACAGUGGUUAUGAACUAUAACUGAAGCAGAGUGUGGUUUGUGCAGAUUUCUAAAAAUUGACAUAUUUUUCAUACUGUUGGUAAUGUUCUAUAGGAUCUUUGUCUGCCUUGUAUACAGCUAUAACUAGCAUCAAUCCAAACAUAGCUUUUGUACAACCGCAAGUGGGCCCUGUGUUCCAUGUCACUUUGCAUCAAAUGACAGAGACAGCGGCUGAUACCAAUUGCCAUAUUCACAGCAAUAGAUCACCUGCCGACAUCAUGCUGUUGUCAGUAUUAAGAGAUAAUAUGCUGUACAACAGCAGAAUAAGCAACAAAACAUUCAUAGAUUUAAACUCUAUAUACCAACAAUGGCACAGACAGCACUUCCUGCUCAAAAAGCCACCAUUCACUUUAAAGUAGUGUUAACAUAACAAAUGUUCUCUUCUAUUGAGGUUUAUGUGCAAACUAUGGAAUACUUAACUUCUUUAUUUUAAGACGGCAUCAUAAAAAUGAGUUUGAUUCAUAGAAAAAGUUCCAUUCCGAAUGAAAAUGAAAAGGGAACAUAAAAACGAAGAAAGAUGGUAGACAAAAGGAUAUAUUAACCAGAGAGACCGACCGGAUAGUUCACUGUAUUUACGUUAUCUAGCCUCUGAUUUCAGACUGCGUAGAUUCAUGAACCAUCUCAGUUUACAGUAGUCUUACUGUCUGUAUUUUAACUUUGCUAAUGACUUUGCACAAGGGGGAUACAGUCUGUACUCUAUUAUGAAUAUAACUUUUCUAGCAGCUAAUACAGAUGCUUAUUUGUUUUGCUCUUGGUGAGAUCAGUUGUAGUUGGCAACGUUACUGUUCAAAAUUGUUCAUAAUUAAGUGACACUGGUGCAUUUUUAUACGAGCAGGCAUCCUAUAUGAUCGUACUGACAAAAGGUUAUCUUUGAAUUUUACUAUCUUAUAUCACACAUUACAUUAUGAUAUAUCCACUGAACCAGGAAUUGCAAAGAAUUAUAGAAGUAAAUUUAACAUUUUUGGCCAAAUGGCAAAAAAAUUCCAACACUUUUCUGGCUCUGUUAAUAUGGUGUGAAAUAGGCAAUUUCCUGUUUAAUUAUUAAGUCAUUUUGUUUUUCUGAUAAUUUGCUAUGCUUCAGAAAGUUUUCACAUUUGGCAUAUAGAGUAUUGAUGUUUUUUUCUGAAUAAUAUAUAUAUAACUCUCAUUAUCUCACGGCAAAGCAGGUGAAUUGUAUUAACCCCUUUCAUAUUUAAACAAAAAUGGCUUGGAGAAUUUUUCCACUUUGAUUAUUUUGUCUAAAUGUAUGAUUAUAAAUAAAUAAAUAUAUAUAUAUAAAUAUAUAUAUAUAUAUAUAUAAAUAAAUAUGUGACAGUUGUGACAAUUCCCACAUUAAUGAAUACCCCUGUGUGAGUUAUUGUGAUCUCAUAACCUACUACCAAGAUACAGGAAUAAAAUAGCAGCAUGAAAAAUAUUCUCAGUUGAGUUUGGGAGCUUGGCCAUAUUGGCCUAAAUCUUAUAAAUCAGUUGUCAAUUUGCCAAAAAUGAGUUUAGCAUAAAACAAUUUAAUUAGAUUAACCGAGAACCUCUAAUUAAAAGGAUAGAUACCACAAAGUACAAGAUCUAACUAGUAGAAAUCAGAUUUUGAUACCAUAAAACAUUUUCAAAUCCUGUUUUAGAGGGACCUCAUCCUGUUAAUUUUCUAGGCUUACAAUAAUUAACAUGUAAUCAGAUAAUCAACAUCAUUAACAAAUAUGUCACCCCAAAUUUCUGUGAGUUUUCAGCCAUCGCUGACAAGUGUUCAUCUCCCAUGAUCUAGUGAAAUGUGAUUUAUAAAGUAUGUAGACCUGAACGAGUUAAGAUUCUGACUACAGAUUUGAGAUUGUUCAGAACAUAAAAGCAUGUUUGGCAUCCAUUUAUUUGUCAAAGCUCUGGCAAAUGUCCCCAAGAGCCACUUAGCAUCAUCCUUACUUAGCCCUUUCAUUACCCAUAUAUUCACAGUAAGAAAUGCUCUUAUUAUUCAUGCAUCUAAUAAUGUUCUUUUAUUGUAGGCAGAACAAGUAGCACCUUACGACGUAGUCCCUUCAAUGCGGCCUGUAGUCCUUGUUGGUCCAUCUCUGAAAGGAUAUGAGGUAUAUAUAUUGGACAAAUGGGUUAAAAAUGAAAACAUUUUACUGCUUUUUUUUUGGUCAAUCUUUAUUUUUGCUGUGCACAGAAUAACAAACAUUUUUAGAUAGAAUUAAAGGUUAACAAAAAUACUUAUAACAGAGUGUGGUAUUCAAAAUUAUGACACAUUAAAAAAAAAAAUAACAAGCAGAAAGAAAACAGAGUAAGUCAAGCAUGUCUAGCUAAUAGUCAGGACGUAGGCUAAGUAGAGUCUGGCUAGAAUUGCUACCUAAGCCUAAGUCAGAAUGUAGAAUAUAAGAGUGCUAGGCUGGCUAGACAUUUAGAGUGUAAGUGAAUUAUAUAGCUAAAAGAUAGGCUUAGCUAUAUAGAAUGUGGUUGAACACGCUAGGCAAACACGAGUGAUAAGAAAUACUGGAGUCAUGCUAAGCGUAACUGUCCAAUCUUUAAACAAAGGAAAGUAACUAGGAAUAUUCAGACAUGGGGAUUGCUCAACAACAAUAAUACUCCCUAUUCAAGCUAGGUUGUCACGAGACAAUAAGUGGAUAGGUCAGUGAAGCAUCACUGUGGGACCUUACAAGACAUGUCUGAUUACGUGCUAAUUCUUGACAUGUUCAGGCUGCUGCACAUUUUAUUCAUUAAAAACCAGAAGAGGGUGUAAAUAGUGCCUAAGUAGCAUCUAGAAGAUGCACCGAUUGAGUUUAAAACUAACCAGGAGCUGGUUUUACACCCAUACCCUUCCUAAUGUUUAAACUGGCUCCAUAAGUUGCUGGACUAGCCCUGUGUUAAGUUAUAUCCCUCCCCUCCUCUCCCCCUCUUCAUACAACGUGCAAAGGUCUAAAGUUCAUUAUUUUUUCAAUUAUGCACACCCAUGCACGCACAGCCCACACCCCAGACCUUCCACUCAAGCAAUAGCCUCUCAAGUGAUGUACUACCACUGUUGAAGGCUAGUAAGCGAACUACUUAUCUCACUAAGUGCCUCAGAAAAGCCCAUGGCUCACAGCGUUAAAAUGACAAGAGCAAUGAAGCGCUACAAGACCAAAGGCCAGACCCCUCCAUAGAAGUAGACAGCCCUACCGCACUCUGCCCCCCAAAAAAGGGAAUCCUAGUCACUAUUAAUUAAUUAAAAAUGAGUGGAAUAAUGCAAUGAGACCUUGAGUUCCUUGUUAUUGUGCCAUGCUUGUUUCUGUAUGUUUCAUGUUCUCUUUUAGCGAUCACUCGCAAAAAUAAAGAAUAAAAAAAAACAAAAAACUAGGUAUGGGUCAGCUAUGAGCUCGUCCGUUAAUAAGUACCCCUAAUAAUUUGACAUACUGCUACUGUCGGUCAGAUUAAUUUAGCAAAAGCAACACAUGUGAAAACAAAUUAAUAUAAACACGAUAUAAAAUCCAAGCUUUGGAUCAUACAAGGUUAUAGAAACAUGGUAGAGUGUGAAUAAACAGUCAUUGUAAAUAAAAUAAAUUCAGUCUGCUUUAUAAAAAUGUGCAGAAGUAUUCAGUUAGCAUAUCACAUACAUCUGCCUCAAAAGCAGUACAAGUACAGCAUAUACAUGAAACAGACAAAAUAAGCAUAAUAUACAUAUAAAAAGUGGGGUGCUACCUUCUAAGAUCCAAAUAAUCUGUAGUAACCCAUUUUCCAAAAGCUAUAAAGAAACACAGAUCUAAACACUCGCUAAGAAAUUGUCUUAGGAUCCAAAGGGAAAGGCUCCCAGUCUCAAAUUUGGAACUGGCGACCAUGUUGGACACUAAUCCAUGAGCCCCAAAAAACAAUAUUCCUUUGAUUCCAAAAAAAAAACUAGUGCAUUUAGGAUUUAGCAUUUAGGUUAGCUCAGUAGUAUUAUGAGUUAAGGCCACAAUACGAUUCAUAGAAUGAGUGUCUUCGACCUUCCUGACUUAUUGCCAAGUAUCUAAAGAAUAUUCUGUUCUCCAGUACAACGAGAGUAAGGCUUUUGCCUCAUUAAGAUGAUACCUAACUAAAGAGUGUUUGUAUACCUUAAACAUGAGAUCAUGGUGAUGCAACACAAUCAGCUCUGAAGUUAAAUGGACAGUAUCCUCAGACAUGUGAGAAGCAAUUCUCCUAAUGACAGACCGGUAAUAGGCAAGCUCAUGGCAGUCCAAACAAAGAUGUAAAUAAGUCCCGGCACUCUCACCACAGCGUCAGCAAACGUUAGUCAUUGUAGGAGAGAUCCGGUAAAAAGAUUCUCUGUGUUUUACUUUGGGUGUUUCAUGUAAGCACAACAACUGAAACCAUUAAGAAAUGUAUUGUUUUUGUACUUGUCCUUUACAAAUUGCAAUAUACAGUUGUUAGCGUUGAGCUAAUAUUUUUCAUAUUUAUCUUUCACUUGCUUGCCCAUUGCUGACCAUACUGUUUUUUCUUUUAGACUAAUUUAUUAUUAUUAUUACUAUUGCCAUUUAUACAGCGCCAACAGAUUCCGUAGCGCUUAUUUAUAGCAAAGUCUAUCUAUCAUGUGUGCUUAAAUAUAGCUAACUAUAGUACUUUAACAGGCACCUGAAGAAACAAAAACCCUUGCUUUCCUGUAAACGAUGGUGGAGUUGUUUGAUACAAUUGGGACUCUUAAUGGUACCCAUGGCCUCCUUGGCCUCCUCUGAACAUCAAUGAUAAUGUCAGAAUUACCAAGUGCCCAUUUGUUUUUGACAGAACUCAUAGACACAUACUAGCAUAACAAUCUGUAAGGGGUAUCUUGCUCAGAAUCUCCUUAGGUGCUUUAGCCCAAGUAACCAAUUUUUUUUUUUUAGCAGUAGACAUUAUAUGUCUUUAAUGUAAUCUUAUGUAAUGCUUUUUAGAAAAUAAUAGUGUUUGCAGAGAACAUUGGAUAAUUUUGCAAAGCACACAGUGUUUUCCAGAUGGUAAAAUUGGAUCUGCCGCAAGGAAAUCUCAAACAAAGUCCCAAGGAGUGUAGCCUCAUCAUUUUGUUAAUUUACUAAUUGAAAGUCAUCAGUCAUACGCCACUUACCCUGCUCCAUGUUUUCACGAAGUUCAAUAAGCAGUUUUAAAGAUGCAUGCUGACUCAGAUCUUCUUAUUACGUCCUAUUUACCUGGAGACUAAUAUUCUCUGGCACAAAUGAGCAACUCCUGUGUUUUAGUAGAGCAUUAGUGCAAAGCCAAUGUUGCUGCCCAGCUGCUGAAAACACUAUGCUUGGUGCUUUGUUGAAGUGAAUUACAUAAUGCAACCUCAUCAUCAUUUAAUCUGAUACAUCAAAAAGGAAUAAAUAUUUUGCAACAUUAAGGGCAUUGAAGGCAUUAAUGGACUGACGGCUCCACGCAAUUAGUUUAGUUCUGGGCCAUGUCUUCUAUAAUUAGAUUCUUGGAGAAUAUAUAUAAACUGAUAUUAAAUAGUGCAUUAAAUGCUUGAUGUAGACGGGAUAUAGUGAGACUUACUCCAGAAUCAGUGUGAUUUCCUGAAUGUGGACUGAAUGGUGAUCUGCUCUCUUUACUAAAUUGUCAAACAUUUUUUGUUUUCAGUGGAGUGUUCCUUUAAUGUUUGGUUAGAUAUACCACCAAAAUAUGUAAACAUUCUUUCUGUAUGCUUUCUGUAAGGUAUAUGAAAAAAAAAACAGAUUGCAAAAGCUGCAGCCCUCUUUCUUUGACACAGAGUUUUAGUCUGUGCCAGGGGAUACACCAAUCAGAGGUCGGAACCGUGACUUCCUGUGCAGAAGCAUACAAAAACGUCCCUGGCUGUCUGAUGCCAGGGAUGUUUUUUGCCCUUAAAUAUAAUUUUGGUAGAAAUCGGCACUUUUAUAAACUGUUACAAACAUGACAGACAGCAAGCUGAGUGUUUAUUCAAGAACAAUGUUUCUGUCUCAUUCUUGCGUUUCCUUACUACUCAUGGUUACUUGAGAUGUGUUGGAAACAGCACUGCUCUGAGCUAAAUAAGUAAAUGUUAAUCCAGUUCUGAUUUUGAAACAGAUAUACUGCUAACAAGCUUAUUUUGGCAACAGGAAUUUAAUAAAAUUAGUAGGAUCAGUGAAAGGGCUAGGUGACUUGCUGAAUAGCCCUUUGGCAAAGAAGUGGAUCCCAAUAAUCUCUAUUGCAGUGAAAUAACAUCUUAACAUAUUGAAGCAGAACAAAUUCUCCAAAUUCUUGGACUGUUCAAGGGUCUCCCGAGCCAAGCAGCAGCCGCAGUAUGCUACACAAAAUGUAUUGCUAUCAUAGUCCAGACUGCUGUCCAAAAGCCAAUCAAUCUCUAUAAUCUUAAGCUUCAGCAAUUCUGUUAACGUCAAUGCAGUAUCCAUAAAUAAUAUACUAUAUUCUAUGAAGAUUUAGAUUUUUGUGAUUAGGCUUGCAUUAACGUGUUCUACUUUCACAGACUCAGAGGAGUUCUGUUUUUCAUAUAAAGAUCCUUUUAUUUUCUAUCUCUUCUCUCUCUUCCGUCUAUACAUUUUACAUCAGGUGACUGACAUGAUGCAGAAAGCUCUGUUUGACUUCUUGAAGCACAGAUUCGAUGGCAGGUGAGAUGUAUUUGGAAAUAAACAGGACACCAGGGUAAAAAUCCAGAUGAUGAGGCAGGAGCACCAAAUAGUGACUGUCCCACAGACACACCUAUUUUAAAACAGUUAGAAAUGUGAUUACUUUUUGUUUGUCAGAUUCUGCUCAUUAACAUUGUUAAGAUUUUUUUACCUGACAAAAAGAUGCAUUUAGUUUCAUGAAUCCCACAAGCUGGAGAUAAACAGAGGAGCAUAUGCUGCAAAUGUCUAACCUGAUUUAGGGCUUACUCUUUACAGCCACAUUCUAAAUAAUUGUAUUACUGUUCUUGAAUGCACAAAUAAUGAAAAUAAUGAUCACACCUUUUGGGGAUUUUGUAUGUGUUUUUUUUCUGAUUUACAGAAUUUCUAUCACCCGGGUAACUGCUGACUUGUCUCUUGCCAAGCGCUCAGUACUUAACAACCCUGGCAAGAGGGCAAUCAUUGAGCGGUCCAGCACCCGCUCAAGUAUUGGUGAGUCUGUAAGGCAUAUCUCACAUUUUGUUGGGUGGCAGUGGAUAAUUUAGAAGUAGAGAACAUUAGAGAAUUGAAGGGUAAGUUUGCAUAACUAUGGAAAUCAGUAUAUAUUUUUUUUAAUUCUUGCUUCAAUUUUAGAGCUUGUAUCAGAAUAAUUUCAUAAUUUCCAAUUCAGGAAAGUAAUAAGUGUAAUAUACUGCUUUUGUACAUAAAACAAUAAAUGGAGUUAAGAGCCAGUGGGCAUGUGUUCUUUAAUAGAUCCAUCUUUCUCACACUAGCUUUAAAGAGCAAAAAUGCCAUGCUUUUGUAUGUACCAUAAUAUAAGUAUUUAUUAAAGUACGGGUACAUGUUAUUAAUUCAGAGCUUAACCCUAUUUAAAGUUGUUUGUGUCCUUUUCUCACAAGUCAUUAUCUAAGUUUAUAUUGGCUGGUACAUCUACAAAUAAAACAGCAGGGGCAGCCAAUUAACAUUCUAAUUAGUAAAAAUAGUCAACAUUAAGAAACAUUUAAAGAAUAAGUUAAAGGCAGGGCACAAAAACUAGCAAACAAAUCAAACUACAUGUAACCAAUGUAAUUAUACUAUUUAAAGGGUUACUCCAAACCUUUUCCUCAUAUAGAAGCACUUGAUUGGACCAUUCUCUCUGGCUCAGUGCGUAUGGGAGGGAAGGGAGCGAGUGGGGUUGGACACAGUGAAGGGGGUGAAAAGAAAACAAACUUGCAGGAAUUUAAGGGUAAAUGAAAAUGGGAGAGCUGAAACAGGGAUGAGAGGGACCAUAGAUGCUGGGAGUGUGCCUGCUUGGGGAGAAAUAAACAACUGUCGCCAGCACAUAGGGAGCGCUGGCGACAAGUAGAUAUUUUUGUAGAAACAGUUUAUUAUUCUCCAAUGCAGAAAAAUAAAUUCUCAAAACCAAUUGGACUUAUCAAGACAAGUAUGCCGUAGAUGAAUUCAUGAAGAUGGUUAGAUAAUUAGCCUUUAUUCAAUAGCAUGUUUUGUCUUACAGCUGAGGUACAGAGUGAAAUAGAAAGAAUCUUUGAGCUGGCCAAGACCCUCCAGUUGGUUAUACUGGAUGCUGAUACAAUCAACCACCCUGCUCAACUCUCCAAAACAUCCUUGGCCCCAAUCAUUGUAUAUGUCAAAGUUUCUUCGCCAAAGGUAAGCCAAGAACAAUAAUAUCUGCAAACUUUACAAAAUGCCUAAGUAUUAGCUCAUCAGUUGCUAUACCAAUAGGAUAAUUCUGAUUUCAGUUUACCUUCCCUAAUAAUAAAGUGCAUAGAUGACCAAAUCAAUGCAUUUUUCUUUACUCUCUACUUUUCCUGAUGAAUUUAUUUCACAUUGUAGAGAAACACAUUUCUGCAGAAUCACUACCUCCCCCCUCUUAACAUAUUACAGAAAGUCUUGAAAGACAAACUUAAUUGCUGCAUUUCAGUAAAGAGAGGGGAAGAUGGAUAUAUUUCUCUGAAUACACCGCAGUCGAUUUAGGACAGGAGUCUUUCACUCAAACAAACUGUUACACAGUUACAGAGCUGAAAAGAGACGUGUCCAUCAAGUUCAGCCUUUUUCACAUUUGUUUUUGCUGUUGAUCCAAAAGAAGGCAAAAACCCAGUUUGAAAUGCAUCCAAUUUUGCAACAAACUAGGAAAAUAUUUCCUCUUGACCCCAGAAAGUCAGAUAUCAUUGGAUCAAGAAACUAUUACCCCACUAAUUAAAAAUGAUAUCCCUGUAUAUUAUGUUUUUGCAAGUAUUUAUCCAAUUGCUGUUUAAACAUCUGUAUAGACUCUGAUAAAACCUCCUCUUCAGGCAGAGAAUUCCAUAUCCUUAUUGCUCUUACUGUAAAAACCCUUUCCUUUACCUUAGACUAAAUCUUCUUUCUGCCAGUCUAAAUGACCUUGUGUCCUAUGUAUAGUCCCUGAAUAUAUUUCUAUAAUGUUACCAUAUCCCCUCUGAGAUGCAGUUUUUCCAAGAUAUUUAAAUUUGUUAACCUUUCUUCAUAACUAAAAUGCUCUAUUCCUUUUAUCAAUUUUAUAGCCCGCCUCUACAUUCUUUCUAAUGCCAUAAGAUAUUGUGUUACGACACAAUAUCAUCAAAAUUGCAUUUACUAGUUAGGAUAUAUCUGUGCAAGGCAGACAACAAAAGCUCCCAAACAGAGCAAAAGUGUUCCAUUGGAAACCACUGAAAACUCCUUUAGCUACAUAAUAGAUGCCUUUGUGGUAUUCUAGACUUUGAAGGAACAUGCCAUUGAUAACAAACAAAAAUACAUUCACUAUCUAGUAGAUAACCCUACGAAGACAACAUUGAUGUAAUUUUUAUGCAUGUUUUCUUUGGGGCUAUAUGAAAACACAGCUUGCAAAAGCUGCAGAUCUGCACCUUUGCAAGCCCUCCUCUUUAUCCCUGGUACAGACUUUCAGUUCGUGCCAGCAGACUGGCAAUCAGAAGCCUCUGUAGUUGAGCUGUGAUACUCCAAACCUUUUCCUCAUAUAGAAGCACUUGAUUGGACCAUUCUCUCUGGCUCAGUGCGCAUGCGCACGCUUUGAGUCAGGGAGGGGAGGGAGAGAGUGGGGUUGGACACAGUGAAGGAUGGAAGAGGGGGUGAAAAGAAAAUAAACUUGCAGGAAUUUAAGCGUAAAUGAAGGUGGGAGAGGGCACAUCCAACUUUCCUUUCAUAUACUUCUCAUUUAUGUACUUCUGUUUAUUGAGAAGUAUUAGAGUGGGCACCUGCUACUUCUGCUAGUUUUGUGGAGCUAAGGGAAGUGGAAGAAAAUCCAUCUGGCUGCCUGUGUGACAGACAGGGAGGUAUUGCAGUGCCCAGUUUAAAGAAGUGCUAAUUUGUAUUGAAAUAAGAACUUUUAUAAAUUAAAAAAAAAUAAUAAUAAUAAGACAGACUCCAGACAUGUAAAGCACUUUAGCAAGCUGAAGUGCUUUAUUUCUUUGCAGUGUUCCUUUAAAGCCAGUUUUUGGAGAAAAUCACAUGUCUUGUGAAACCCUCCAUAAGGUCUUUCUAGCCAUACGAUGGCUCCAUGCCAAAAUGAACUCCUUCAGUGCCAAACACACUGUGGUUCGGAAUGAGCAAAAAUUACUUCACCGCGUAUCCAUUUUAAUUUUCAGGAAUGUGUGCAUUGUAGGUGCCGGCAUUAAUUAGCAGGUAUUUAUUACAGGUGCUGCAAAGACUAAUAAAAUCCAGGGGGAAAUCUCAAGUGAAACAUCUCAAUGUUCAGAUGCUGGCUGCUGACAAGUUGGUACAGUGCCCUCCGGUAAGAGCCCUAUCAAAAUAGAUUCCCAUAGUCUGUAUAGCCUGCACUCCACCAACAAACAAGUCAACAGAAUUAUUGCACUUUUAUUAAACAUAUCGCAUGGAAACAUUCUAUAUGCAUUUUUAUCUGGUAAGAUAAAGUGAGUCAGUAUGGGAUGUAUAGUGUAUUUCAAAAGUGCUUGUACCAAGCGAUUUAAACUUUCUUUCUGUAAAACAACAAAUACAAAUGUUAACUGGAUCCUCAAUGAUAAAGAGCUUUUAUUGUUACACAAACAUUCUUCAAUAGAAAUUUACUUAAUUUUACUUAAAAACAGCUAACUAGGUUGCCAUCACUUUUCAGGAUCCUUAUCUUCAUCCAUCCACACGAUAAACUUAACUCAUAUAAUAGUAAAUAUUGGGACCAAAAUGGAACAUGGAGCACCAUACACAUCAAGCACAUGCUUCGGCACUCCAGAUGUUUUGGACUACACCUCCCUUGAUGCUUUGCCAGCAUUACGGGUGUAAGAGCAUUAUGGGGGAUGUAGUCAAAAACAUCUGGAGUGCCGAUGGUUGCCUAUCCCUGCACUAGUGUAAAUCAAUAUUUUAUAUUAAGGUGAUUGUGUGCUCUCGCUUUCUGGAUGGUUAAGAUUUGGAUCUAGAUUUUACCAUUUAUGUUUCUGUUGAGUGAGUCAUAUAAAAUGCUGGGUGGUGAAUAAAGCCAGCCUUCUAGUAUAUAACACAAUAAAUAUGACCAAAUAUACUUACAUGAACAAAAAAAAAAAUCUACUUGGGGUUAUAAUGAAAAUUGCUGCAGUGCCCUCACCUUAAAAGUAAAAUCCUAUUGUUCUGUGUGCAUCACCUGUAUCAGAUGGUGGAGUUAGUUGGCAUUUCCAAAACAGAUUGUAAAACCAAAAUGCCUUCAUUCAUUGACAUAAGCAUUUAUUUGACUUCAUUCUAAGUUACUUUACUUGAGUUGACCCACACACAUCACACAUUCCUUCUCUAGUUGGAAUACUGUAUACUGUACUCUUUUUUUCAUGUUUGUAACAAUGGUCAUCAUUUGUUAUUGGAGACUUACACGCUUUAUUCAGGAAGCAAUCACCUACAGAAUUCCAUGCAGUUUAUCUACCUACCUUUAACCAUUGGUUGUGUUUACCUUUAAUUAUCCAGACAAUAGAUAACUUAACAUUUCAUUCCCUGGCUUUACCUUACAUCAAUAAGUUAUGAACACUUCAUAUUAGUAUUGACCCAACCAUUUCCAAUCUUUCAUUCUUUAAUAUGAUGUGGUUAUGACUUCAAUUUUGCCAGGUAAUAUUUCUUUAUAUUUCAUCUGCAUGCAAUUGUUUUUUUAUUUUAUUCUGCCCUUGUUAAAUUUCAAACAAUUCCUCUAAAUAGUUUUAAAAAAAACAGACUGAACAGCUCACUGUCAGCAUCAUUAUUAAUGACCACUUUCGAGUUUCAAAGCAUAGUGAAGACAAAUGAUCCUAGCAACAUUUAUAGGCGCUGUGGGGGAGAAUUAUCACAUUUUUUGAGACCUGAAAAGUGGGGCAAAGUUCUAAAAAUUGGGCAAUUGCAAUGGAAAGCAACGCAUGGACAUUCCAUUAGUGGUUACUCCAAAUUGAGGACUCAGCCUAACUUUUUAGCAGAUUGAUAAAUGUUACUGUCUAAAAAGAUGGCCUUUUAUGAAAAGUAAAAAAUACAACUCAAAUAUGAAUGCAGUUAUGCACGAACACACGUGAAAUCAAAUAACUAUGCGAGAUUAAUUUCCUUUUUUUCCCUUAGGAAAUGUUUGAUGUGAUCCUAGAUGAGAAUCAACUGGAAGAUGCCUGUGAACACCUUGCAGAAUACAUGGAAGUUUACUGGAGAGCCACACACCACCCUCUGCAUGCACAUACUGGCCAGAAUCUAAUGACACCCCCCACUGCCAUCCCUGGGUUACAGGUAUAGACCCAUAAUUAGAGAUACAUAGAAACUAUCAAAGUCAGAUAACCAAGAAGGCACAACAGAGCACAAGCUAGAGUACAAUUCUAAAGGGCAAAUAGUAGUAAUUACUGCUUUAAGUGGACCUUUGAGAUGUUUGUCUCAUUAAAUCUACUUUCUGAAAACUUGCAGAUGACCAGCCAUUGUGUGACCUGCUCAAGGGUAAACAUUUGUAAUUCCAACAUAUCAUUGUGCUUUAAUACAGAACCAGCAGCUUCUUUCGGACCGAGCCAGUGAGCAUUCUCCCUUAGAACGUGACAGCUUGAUGCAAUCAGACGAAGCAAGCGAGACUUCCCGAAAGACCUGGACAGCUUCAUCACAGAGAAGUUCCCGACAUUUGGAAGAUGAGUACUCUGAUGCCUACCCAGAUCUGUACCAGCCCCAUCGACACCACAACAGUGGGCUGAACAGCACUAAUGGACAUGAUUCCCAGGAUCGACUUCUUGAACGUGAUUCUGAGCAGAACCACAAUGACAGGAACUGGCAGCGUAACCGUCCCUGGCCCAAGGAUAGCUAUUGA